UCGUUUAAAUGGACUUGAAUAUUCAAAAUAAUUGCAUUUCCGCAAAAGAAUUCUAACGUAGUGGAGCAAGACACGGAAGUAAUUAUAAUCAAUUUCCACAGAAUUUAAUAUUGAAUCGAGUUCCAUAUGGAUAUAUAAUGAUCAACAUGCAAGGCUUUGAACUUGGGCAAUAUUAAAACCAAAACAGUUUUCUUUCCAAGAUGAGAAUCCAAAAUCUUCAAUCUUUUUACCUCCUCUUUUUACUUGUAUUCUUCUUCUCCUUCAAUUCUGCAACUUCAGAAUCUCAUCUUCAGUUGAGAAGAGGUGAUUCUUUAUCUGUUGAGGGCGAUCAAGAUUUCCUCACCUCCCCAGAUAACUCAUUUACUUGUGGGUUUCUUAACUUGGAAAAUUCUAAUGCCUACUGGUUUGCAAUUUGGUUCACAAAUUCUAAAGAAAAAACCGUCGUCUGGACCGCAAAUCGGGACAGGCCGGUUAACGGCCACGGCUCGAAAGUACACUUCAGGGGAGACGGAACCGUGAUCUUAACAGACGUUGAUGACACCGUUGUAUGGCAGACAAAUACCACCACAACUGAUGUUGCAAUAGCUAAGGUUCUGAAUUCAGGCAACCUCGUAUUGGAGAAUCCACAAGGUGAUAUUCUCUGGCAAAGUUUUGAUUUUCCUACAGAUACCCUUUUACCUUUACAAACACUUACUAAGAAUAAAAGAUUGACUUCUGCAUUGAGAAAAGGGAGUUAUGGAUCAGGUUACUUUAAUUUGAAUUUUGGAAGUGAUAAUGUUUUGAGAUUGAUAUCGGAUACACCCGAUACAUCAAGCAAUUAUUGGCCUAAUCCUGAUUUUGAUGUUUAUAGAAAUGGAAGAACAAAUUAUAAUAGUAGUAGAGUGGCAUUUUUGGAUGAUAUGGGCAGGUUUCUGUCAAGCGAUCAAUUGCAAAUCAAUGCUUCGGAUAUGGGAUAUGGAAUUAAAAGACGGAUGACAAUAGAUUAUGAUGGGAAUCUUAGGAUUUAUAGCUUGAUCAACUCGACGGGUUUGUGGGAAAUAACGUGGCAAGCUCUUGGACAACCUUGUAGCGUACGAGGUGUGUGUGGAAGAAACGCGGUAUGUGUUUAUGCGCCGGAUCCUCGGUGUGCUUGUCCUCCUGGGUUCGAGGUGAAUGAUCCGAGUGACUGGAAUGCUGGUUGCAAGGCAACGUUCAACGAGACUCUUUUACGUUCUCGACAAGUGAAAUUCGUGGAGAUACCUCAUGUGGAUUUCUAUGGUUUUGAUCUCAAUGCGACUUCUCCAUUGACAUUGGAAUCUUGCAGGGAGAUGUGUGCGAGUGAUUUUCGUUGCCUUGCGUUUAGCUACCGGAUUUUGGGACAAGGAGUCUGCUUUGUAAAAAGUGCACUCCUUAAUGGCUAUGAAACUCCAGAUUUCCCUGCAAGAAUAUACAUUAAAGUUCCAAACAGUUUGCAACCACCGAAUCCUUCAAUUCUGUAUGAAUCCAGAAGAAUGUGUGGAUCUGCAGAAGCAGAACAAAUCAUAGGAUCUCCUUCUAUGUAUGACUUCGUCCCGAAAAGAGUGAAAUGGAUUUAUGGUAGGGAAGUAGCAGUUAAGAAACUGGGGGACGUUUUUCAAGCCCAAGAUGAGUAUUCAGCAGAAAUCAGCACCAUAGGAAAGAUCAAUCACAUGAAUCUAGUGAGAUUUUGGGGGUUUUGCUCAGAACGAAGGCAUCGACUCUUGGUCUAUGAGUACAUCGAUAACUUGUCACUCGACAAGCAUCUUUUUGACUCUAAUUUCCUCACAUGGAAGCAAAGGUUUGCGGUGGCAAUAGGGACAGCCAAAGGCUUAGCCUACCUCCACCACGAGUGUCUCGAAUGGGUAAUCCAUUGUGAUGUGAAACCCGAAAAUAUACUUCUAGACGGAGAAUUUCAACCCAAGAUUGCAGAUUUCGGGUUAGCAAAACUGUCUCAGAGAGGCGGCCCUGGUUCCGAAUUCACCAGAAUUCGAGGGACUAAAGGCUACAUGGCUCCAGAAUGGGCUCUAAACCAUCCGAUUACAGCUAAAGUCGACGUGUAUGGAUAUGGUGUCGUAAUCUUGGAGAUGGUAAGGGGAAUUAGACUUUCGAAUUGGGAGGUCGCUGACGAAUAUGAGAACGAAGCAGCACUCAAGAGUUUCGUUAGGACAGUGAAGAAAAAAAUUGAGCGUGGAAGCUCCAUUUGGGUGGAGAGCUUUGUUGAUCCAAGAUUGAAAGGGAAGUUUUACAGAAAACAGGCAGAAACAUUGGUUCAAAUAGGCCUUUCAUGUGUACAAGAAGAUAGAAACAAGCGCCCAACAAUGGCUUCUGUGGUACAAACUCUGCUGGAAUGUGAAGAUGAUACAGAACAGAUUUCAGACAACUUGUAAUUGCAUCAUUUGAGCUCUAAGUUUCUUUUUUUCAUCUUCAUCAUUUUUUUUUAAAAAUUGUAGUUAGAACUUUCUCGUAAUGUGAACUCAGAACUGGACUCAAGUUUUUCCUGCCGCUUAGUUGAAUAGGUUAUUAAAUUUUGCUGAGGAAUGAACACACAAAUUACAGCAUCAAAGUAAAUAAAUUUCUUUUCUUGUC